AGAUGGGGAUGUUUCCAUCAUGGCGGCUUCCAUUUCGGGCUAUACUUUUAGUUCUGUGUGUUAUCACAGCGCUAACAGCAACUCUGAUCAUGAGGGCUUCCUUUUAGGAGAAGUAAGGCAAGAGGAAACUGUCAGCAUCAGUGAUACACAGAUCAGCAGUGCUGAACUCCUCCAAGUAGUAGAAGUCCAUAAUCAUGAACCUUGUGCACAGUUAUUUAGUUUUUAUGAUUAUGCUGGAAAAGUCAAUGAUGAGAAUCUUAACAGAAUUCUUAAAGACAGACACAAAAAUGUCAUCGGCUGGUACAGGUUCAGGAGGAACACGCAGCAGCAGAUGUCGUUCAGGGAACAGAUCAUCCACAAGCAGCUGACCCAGCUCCUGGGCGUGCCCGACCUAGUCUUCCUCCUCUUCAGCUUCAUCUCCACAGCUAACAACUCCACACACGCACUGGAGUAUGUGCUGUUCAGACCCAACCGCAGCAGGUACAACCAAAGGGUGACCCUCCACAUCCCCAACCUGGGCACCACCAGCCAGCAGGAAUACAAAGUCUCCUCUGUCCCCAACACCUCACUCAACUAUGCCAAGGUCAUCAAAGAGCACGGCGCUGAAUUCUUUGAUAAAGACGGUGUGAUGAAGGAUAUCAGAACAAUUUUUCAAGUCUACGGUGCACUACAAGAUAGAGUGCAAGCUGUAUGUGGAGAGGUUGAGCAGAAUGAACGCGUGAAAGAGAAAUUCCAGGAGGAGGUGAACAAACUCAAACAGCAAAUUGCUCUCAGGAAACAAAAAUCCGCAGAGGAGGAGAGAAGACUCCAGGAGGCGCAGAACCCUGAGCAACGUCCUACUCCUGAGGAGAACUCUGAGACCUCCCUCCUGUCCAGGGUGAUCUUUCACACCCCAUCUACCCCCGAGCGGCUAGGUCCCUACGAACCCCCUUCCUACGCAGACCUCCUCUCCUUGCAGGAUGACUCGCUCCUCCCCUCCUUGUCCUCCCCUACCAGUGCUGCGCUGCUUCCCCGUCCCCAGGCUGUGGGCUCUCCAGGCCACCCUUCUCCCAGUCCUCUGGGUCUGAACCCCAGCCCUGCUCCUAGCCCCAGUACGCCCUACCUGGGGAACGGAGACGGAUCCAGCUCUGACUCCCUGGACAGACAGGCUGCAGGGCAAGAGGAUGAUGAUGAUGAUGAGGAGGAGGAGGAUGAUGAUGAUGAGGACAGCAGUGAGUAUGAGAACCUUGUGAGUGAGGUGGCACAGUUGCCCCCGGUAACUGCCAGUGUGUUGGCGCAGGGCCGCCCAGACGGUGAUGCCUCAGUCCUUGGCUCACAGACUUCAUAGACGCCAGCCAUGGGGACACAAUUAACUGACACUCUGGGAGAGGAUGGCAUCCCAACCAAUCAAAGAGAGUAGUCUUCUAUAUUACAGAGGAAGUGCCAGUCCAGAAAAUAAAAGGCAUGUGUAUUUCUGUUCGCUUUUAGUUUGAUAACCAUUCUGAGGGGUAAUGUCAUGCUUCAUGGGCUAUACUUUUCUGUCUAGUGUGGUAAAGAUAGUCAGUUGGAGCCUGGCUGCCUCCAGUGAAUGUGUUUGAUUUAGGGACUGAUUACGUUAUAACUGAAUAAACGCCAACCGGUUUGUCCGACCUCUCUGAAUGGAUAGACCCACUCCGCUCGUCCUGGAUCAUGCUGCGUCACAUCUGCAUCAUCAACUUUGAGCAUCCAAUUGUACCAUUACCUCUUGCACUAUGUUUGCCUUUUAACAAUUUCUUUAAGACAAGCAAAGGGAAAAUGUUCUGUGGCCUUCAAACUUUUCUUUUUAGUGAGAUAGGUGGGUAGAUCUUUUUUUGUCUUUCCUUUUUCUUUUUUUUGCUUAUUACAAAGAAGUAAUAUAUGUAUGCGUAAGCUAUAAUUUCAUUAGUCUGCACAGUUCUGAUACUCUACUUUGAGCUGUCUUUAUUAGGAUUUAAUUUCCUUUAACAAUCAAUGGAUUUUAUGCCUAUUUAGAUGAGAGUCUAGAUUCAGUUUUACUUCGCCACUACUGUAAUUUGUGCUUAUAUUAAUUUUUAGGACAAAAUAACAGCUAUGACCCAGUCAGAAGAAUUUGUGGAUAGCACGUCUGCAUGCAGUAUGAAGGAAGUUAGUUUCACGAGCCAAUGCUAACUAAAGUUAGCGCAAAGACGAGAAGUCUACAGGUACACUUGCAUACAAAAAAUGAUAUCUAAGAGUUCAUCUGACUAUGGGUGACUAUAAAAAAAACAGAUACUCACAGUAUCCCUAAUUAAUGUCACUCAAUGUCUCAUUUUUCUUAAAUAACACUGAAACAACUGUAUGCGCUUUGCUGCACAUAACACAUUUAGAGGAUUUCAUUAUUGUGCUUUACCAAUGCUGUUCAGUUGUGCCACUUGAGAAGUACGCUUUGAUCACCUGAGCUGAGCUAGCUCAGCUUUUGUGGAUUGUAUGGGGUUGACAGGGAGAAAACACAACGUACUCUAGCUUUACUAACCAGACCUCGCUGCUGCAUCAGAGCUACCACUAAACAAGAAAACUGCAUCGACAUUAACCUGUCUGCUUCUUUCAUCUCAUGUCCUUGCACUGCUGGUCGUCUCCAUUUCUGCCGAGUGCUGAAACUGACUAGAAUGGCUUCCCCCAAGGUAAUUCUGAGUGAACGGUUUCCCCCUGUAGCUAUAUGUUACAGUCUUGGAACAAGACAUCUUCUGACUGUCUUGUCAACACCAAUAGACCUCACACUCUCAAAGCUGAUUGGGCUAAAUGUGUAUGGACCUUGAUAAUGUGACAAAAAUGACCUCAGUUCAGAGUCCAGUGCCUUCUAUUUUGGCAGUUACACCGAAUCAUUACUACACGCACAAUGCAAGCGACUGGAAAGAAGAAAGGUUGUUCCAAUUGUGGGCAGAGUAUCCUUCACCCUGCAGUGUUAUCCAAGCCUUGUGUAUAUAGCUUUUCCCAUGUGCAGCCCACAUUGUAUGUCGCUCUUUCUGCCUUAGGGUCAACUUGCUUUCCUUCAUCACUCAGCAUUACUGUAUAAUGUCAACUCAUAGCUUGGUGGACUGGUACUCUAAUUUGUUUUAGAAAAUAUUAAUUACUGAACAACGAAGUCCCACAAAAGAUUAUGAUGACAAAUUCGAGAAAGGAGUGGUUUCCACUUGAGCACUUGAAUCAACAAUGGGAGUUAAGAAAAAGUAAUCAAUAAUGAAUGUACAGUAUAUAGGAGGUUGUAGCAUUCAAACAGCACUUAUUUAUGAGAAUCUCAGUCAUGAUGGAAGUGGCUGGCAGGAGAGAAGGGUGAAAGUACCCUUUAAUAACAUGGUUUGGCCCCUAGCUGGAAGUGGCCCCUGAGAGCCUGUAACUUCUCCCUGAAGUACAAAGUCCCAUCACAUCACUCAUGUCUGUAAGGUCGGUGGGACAGGAAAAGGCCAAGUUCUUUUGGUCACUUGGUUCUUAAGUGGGUUGUAAUAAUAAAAGAGACAUGCUUA